AAAAAUACUUUAAAAUAGCUUUAUUAGAUCCAGAAAUAAAAACAAAAGAAAACUCUAAGUGACUCUAACCCAUAAGUGGUGAAAUAGGAUAGCCAAAAAUGAGUGGUAACUGAGGUUUAAAACACAGAAACCGCGCCGGAAAAUAUCGCGUUAUCAACGUGUCGACGUCGGAAAAGUCACUUUGUACCUGAGAAGACGAAGACGUGCAGGAAAGAAAUUUAAUGACAAGCGUAAACAAAAAAGGAGAGAUGCUGAAGGAGGAGAAAAGAAACGUGCCAUGCGAGGCGCCAUACGAUCUCGCGAAGAAACUGUAUCCUCCGGAAUUCAGAAACUUGCCAAUUUUGAGCCUAUUAAAGCACGAAUUUAUCAUGAAAAUUCGUAUGGUUAUGGUAUACGGUGAUUGUGGCAACAAACCACUAAUUGUGAAAAAGGACAAGAUUGUGCACGCUUUAGAUUUUAAUGGAAAGUAUUAUAAAUAUUUCAACUCUGGUGAUACACAUAUUAGUUUCUAUCCAAAAAUAAUAUUAUAUCGAUAUGAAUUCUCUUUUAUAACGAUAUGACAGUAUAAAAUUAAUAUUCAAAAAGCUAUCAUAGAGAGAAUAUUAACAUACAUACAUCUCCAUAUGUAUAUAUAAUUUAAUUUAAUGUGCAUAUAUAAGUUUUUCAGAUAUAUUAAUUCUUUUCCGAUUUCAGUAUAACGGAUUUCUAUAUCUUUUUCGAAAAUGUUGCAACACUGUUGUACAAAUUUUAUUUUGCUAAAAUAGAAUCGACAUUUAUUAUUAAAGAAUACUAAGGAACGAUAUAUAAUAGAGACAAAUAAAAUAAUAAUUUAAUUUGUUAAUAUUAAAACUUAUCGCGUUGAUUGGAAGAAACACAUGUUAGACGCGAAUUUAUUGAAAACGUCAAUUUAAUAAUAAAAAUUUUUUAUCUUCUAUCUAUGCUUAUAUUUCUUUCAAAUGUAAUUGCUAAAAUUAAUUAAAUAUAACUAAGUUAAAAUUCCGAUUUUGCAGUAUUUUUAUGUCUAUUAAAAACAUUAAUAAUAAGCACCGAAUUAGAUUGCACAAUUUGAAAGUUAUGUAACAUAAUUUAAUAAAUAUUAAUAUUAAGAUUAAUAUUUUAUUUAAAUAACUUUAUUGAAAUUAAAAUGAGGAUUUACAGAAAAGAGGAGUAAAAUGGUUAGAGGUAGAGAGGGAGAAAGAGAGAGAGGGAGAUUGUGUUAUGUGAUUUAUUGUAAACUAAAAAAGCUAAUCAAUCACAAAUUUUAUAUAGUAACAUAUUAAAUGUAAAAGAUAUUUAAAUAUUGAACAUAUAA